UCGGAUUAGAGACUGCUCAGUGUUCUAUACCCAGUGUGGGCGCGGUGAAUACUUUGGUCUCAUUGUUGGUGGAAGGCAUUUUGGCGGCUCAGUGCAAUUUGUCCAACCCUGACAUAUGGCCAGAAGACUAUGCCCAGGAGGCUUAUGAAAAAGGCUUGGACUCCUAUGAUUUUGUGGUUAUUGGAGCUGGCUCUGCAGGUUCAGUGGUGGCCAGUCGUCUAAGUGAAAACCCUCAAUGGAAGGUUUUGGUUUUAGAGGCUGGAGGGGAUCCCCCACCUGAAUCAGAGAUACCCAGCAUGUUUUUUGCCCUGCCGAAUACCUCUCACUCCUUGAGCUAUUUUACUCAGCCCAAUGGUGUGUCUUGUAAAGCCUUCGAAAAUCAAAGUUGCCAUUGUCCCAGAGGCAAGAUGAUAGGUGGUACUGGCGCCAUGAAUGGCAUGCUUUUUGUUAGAGGUGGCUGUUGUGGUUCUACGAAAAAACGCACCAUUGUGGGCGGUUGGGCUUGGGCCUGGUGGCUGGUCACAGAUGUGCAACGGCUUUCCUUGAAUGUCAUGACCCUUAAUCCCAUGUGCGAAAGUGUUGAAACCUCUCAGGGUGUACCGCUCACAGUUACAGGAGUGGCCCAGUGUAAAAUUAUGAAGUCAAGCAAAUAUGGAAAAGUGGACGAUGAGGCUGACGAACUUUUGGGCACCGCCAGUGAACAAUUUCUGGGCAAGAGUGUUAGCGAAAUAAAGCAAACAAUAUUGCAGACAUUGGAAGGACAUUUGCGUGCCAUAUUGGGAACUCUUACAGUCGAAGAGGUCUACAAAGACCGCGAUCAAUUCGCUGCCCUAGUACGCGAGGUGGCCGCACCUGAUGUUGGUCGCAUGGGCAUCGAAAUUCUCUCCUUCGUCAUCAAAGAUGUCUACGACGAUGUGCAAUAUCUGGCCUCGCUUGGCAAAGCCCAAACGGCCAUGGUUAAACGUGAUGCCGAUGCCGGUGUGGCAGAAGCCAAUCGUGAUGCCGGUAUACGUGAGGCCGAAUGCGAAAAGGGUGCCAUGGAUGUAAAAUAUUCGACCGAUACAAAAAUCGAAGACAAUGCUCGUCUCUUCAAAUUGCAAAAGGCCAAUUUCGAUCAAGAGACCAAUACGGCCAAGGCUGAGUCGCAACUGGCCUAUGAAUUGCAGGCCGCCAAAAUUCGCCAAAAGAUAAGAAACGAAGAAAUUCAAAUCGAUGUGGUGGAGAGACGUAAACAAAUCGAAAUCGAAUCGCAGGAAGUACAACGUAAAGAACGUGAAUUGAUAGGCACUGUGAAAUUGCCAGCAGAGGCUGAAUCUCAUAGGGUGCAGACCAUAGCACAGGGUAAACAAUGUCAGACUAUUGAAAUGGCUCGUGCUGAGGCGGAGAAGAUACGCAAAAUCGGUGCUGCCGAGGCCCAUGCCAUUGAGCUGGUGGGCAAGGCCGAAGCUGAGCGCAUGCGCAUGAAGGCCCAUGUUUAUAAACAAUAUGGUGAUGCUGCCAUUAUGAAUAUUGUCUUGGAAUCUCUGCCUAAGAUCGCUGCCGAAGUUGCUGCUCCUUUGGCCAAAACCGAUGAGAUUGUUCUCAUUGGUGGCAAUGAUAAUCUGACCAAUGAUGUUACCCGCCUGGUGGCCCAAUUACCACCCUCCAUCAAUGCUUUGACCGGUGUCGAUUUGUCCAAGGUCCUUUCGAAGAUACCUGGGGCCAAAGCGUGAGAAUUAGCACAUAUUUCCCAACACCAUGGAUUCGAUGAUCUGGCUAUGGCUUGAGCAUUGAAUGAACGAUAUUAGACGACCCCCCUCUAUACAUAUAACCCACUCCCGAACAAAACAAAAGGAAUACUUAAACACAAUGACGAUGAUGACGACAACAAAGAUGGCGACCUUUAUUAACAUGAUAUUUAACGACAAAAUAUGGGAAAUUAUUAAAAAAACCAACAACAAGUGCAUAGUGGAAAUGAACUUAAUAAUGAACUUAAAUGGAAAACAAUCACCUAAAACAUUUUUUUACAAAAUGAAAUUUAUAACAAGAAAAACAAAAAACCGGAAUAUAAAUAACAAACUAAGACAAAAAGAAACUGUACUAUUAAAGAACAAUUUAGGAAGAAACCAAGCAUUUAUAAACAAAAAAAUCCAUUUGUGUAUGAAAUUAUUUUGUUUUUUUAGAAAAUGUCUCAAAAAUUGUAUAGAACAUUUGUAGAAAAACCAAUAUGGCUUAAAUACACAACAACAACACUAUAAACUGAGCAUUCACACCAAUACAC